AUGUCAGCAAAAGGCCCCAUCACAACACCGCUCACCCAGCUCCUGGGGAUAAAACACCCCAUCGUCCUGGCCGGCAUGGCCCGCGUGUCAGGCGGCAAGCUUGCAGCGGCGGUAUCCAACGCGGGUGGACUUGGCGUCAUCGGCGGCUUUAUGUACACGCCGGAUCAGCUGCGCGAGAUCAUCGCUGAGAUGAAGGCCAACUUUGACACCCCCGACCUGCCGUUCGGCGUCGACUUGGCCCUGCCGCAGGUGGGCGGAAACGCGCGCAAGACAAACCACGACUACACGGGCGGUAAGCUCGACGAGCUCAUCGACAUCACCAUCGAGUCCGGGGCGAAGCUGUUCGUGUCGGCGGUCGGCGUGCCACCAAAGCACGUCAUCGACCGCCUCCAUGGCGCCGGCAUCUACGUCAUGAACAUGGUCGGCCACCCCAAGCACGCCGUCAAGGCCCUCGACCUGGGCGUCGAUCUGGUCUGCCCCCAGGGUGGCGAGGGCGGCGGCCACACAGGCGACAUUGCCAACAGCGUGCUGAUCCCGGCCGUGGUGGACGUGGCGCGCCGGUACCGGCCCAAGAUGCUGGGCGGCAAGCAACAUGCCAUCGUCGUGGCGGCGGGCGGCAUCGCUGACGGCCGUGGUCUGGCCAGCAGCUUGAUGCAAGGCGCCGCCGGUGUCUGGGUGGGCACGCGGUUCGUGGCCAGCGUCGAGUCCAACUCGAGCGACGAGCACAAGCAGGCCGUGGUCGACUGCAACCCCGAGGACACCGAACGAACGCUGGUGCUGAGCGGGAGGCCGCUCAGGUUGAAGGUCAACGACUACAUCCGCAAAUGGCACGCGCGGCCCGACCGCAUCAAGGAGCUGUGUGACAAGGGCAUCGUGCCCAUCGAGCACGACUUUGAGAAUGGCACCGAGAAUGGCGGUGAGAUUGACCUGCCUCACCUGAUGGGCCAGGUCGCGGGCAACAUCAAGAAGGUGGAGCCGGCCGGUGACAUUGUGAGGUCAAUGGUUGCCGAGGCCGUCGAGAUGAUCAAGCUGGACACCUAG